UGAGAUUUGGCUGAAGAUGGCACUUGCAAGCAUAGUCACCCAACCUAGCAAGACCAGCCUGGAUUACUACAGGAACAGCACGGUGAUGUCCCUCUAUGGGAACCCCACCAAUGACACAGAGCUCAUGUGUGACAGGAGGCAGGUCUGGCAGUUUGCUCGAGCCUUCCUGCCUGUAUUUUUCUGGCUCAUCUUCUCUGUGGGAACAGUGGGAAACACCUUGGUCAUUCUCAUCUACUGCAAAUAUCGCUUCAGGAGGAGCACGAUGGACCGCUACCUGCUGCAUCUGGCCGUUGCAGAUCUGCUCCUCCUUUUUACCCUCCCUUUCUGGGCCAAGGCUGCCUCUGAUGGCUGGGUCUUUAGGAAUUUCUUGUGCAAAGUCGUCAACAGCAUGUACAAGAUCAACUUCUACGGCUGCAUCCUGUUCCUGACGUGCAUCAGUUUUGACAGGUACAUCACCAUUGUCCAGGCAACAAAAGCUAAAACUUCCAAGCGGAGGCGGCUCCUGCACAACAAACUCAUGUGCUUGGCCGUCUGGCUGAUGUCCAUCAGCCUGUGCAUCCCUGAGAUCAUGUACAGCCAAAGCAAGCAAGUCGGUGACGUGACUGUGUGCAAAAUGAUGUACCCACCAAACGUCAGCAUGGUCUUCAGGGUUGCUGUCCUGGCUCUGAAAGUCACGAUAGGCUUCUUCCUCCCAUUCCUGGUCAUGGUUAUUUGCUACACCCUGAUCAUCAACACCCUCCUCCAAGCUAAAAGAUGCCAAAAGCAGAAGUCGCUGAAGAUCAUCACCAUGAUCAUCACCGCCUUUCUCCUCUCUCAGUUCCCAUACAACAUUGUUUUGCUGGUCAAGACCAUCAACACAUAUACCGGAGUGGUGUACAGCUGCUGGGCCACCAACGGGCUGGACAUUGGCCUGCAGGUCACCCAGAGCAUCGCCUUCCUCCACAGCUGCCUCAACCCCUUCCUCUACGUCUUUGCCGGUGAGCGCUUCAGGACAGCGCUGGCCAGGCUCGUGUGGAGGCCCAGGGGCCAGGAGCAGUGCUCCUCCGUGUGUGACAGCCAGGAGCACAGCUCCAACUGGUCCUUUGCCAUGCUGGGGCGGCGGCGGGUGAGGAGCUCGCUCACCCUCAGCACCCAUUUGACCUCCUCCAUUGUUCCUGCCUCAUGCCAAGUCUUCGUGUAA